CGCAGCGUCGUCAGCAUCGCUAGAUACGCGUUCCGUAUAUUAUUGUAGUCGUCGUUGUCGUCGUCGUCGUCGUCGUUGUUGUUGCUGCUGUUGUGCGUUACGUUAAGCAACAACAACAUCAGCACACACACACCCUAACAAUUGUCGGUUGUCGUCAUCGGUAACUGCCGUCGCAUUCGCAUUCGUCGUCGUCGCUGUCGUUUUAUUUGAGAAUUGAGAAACCAAAACGGUUUUUUGGGCCGUCGCCUUUUUGGAUACGAGAUAACCGAGAAAACUCUGCGAAAACUCCCUACCUAUGGCGUUAAUACAUUUACCUGUUCGCGUGUGUUCCCAACUGUGACAACAACAACAACCAACAUCACCAACCAACAACAAGCCACAUCCAGCAGCUGCAACCACAAUCUCAACCACAUCGUAGGCUCAGCUUAAGUCUCCCCCGACAAAAGAGUGCGUGCAAGAAAGUAAAGUAAAGCAACAAAAAAAAGCUAACAAGAAAAUAAGAAAUAUAUCUCGCUAUAUACCGCAACAAGAUACAAAAGUAUCUCAAGCUAACUAAACUGUAUCUGUACAAAAAGUGCCUUAAAGCCGUAGUCGCAAACGCAAUCGCAUUCACAUUCGACGGAGUCGCAGCGUCGGAUCCAAAUUUUUGGGAGAACAGAAAACGUAGCAACAACACAACAACUUUUUGCUCAAAUGCACAAAAAUCAUUUGCGCGAUUUUUGAGUUACCGACUUUUUUGAGUUUUUGUUCCGAUUAAUUUCUCAAUUGUGUUUUGGGUGGUUGCCGGUCUAUAAGCCAAAUAUAUGGUAAUGGCAGAGAUUGGUGGCCAUUUGGCUCACCAGCUACCAUUGCACAAUCAUAAUCACAAUCACAAUCAAACUGGAUUACAGCCAUCGCUGGUGAUGAAUCAUCACCUGGAUUUGGAUUGUCACGGCCAUGAUGUGAUAAAAAAACAACGUUUAUCACAUUGCGUGGGCUGUGGUGGGCAAAUACACGAUCAGUAUAUAUUGCGAGUCGCACCCGAUCUGGAAUGGCAUGCGGCGUGCUUAAAGUGCCAGGAAUGCAGGCAAUUUCUGGACGAAAGCUGUACGUGUUUUGUGCGCGAUGGCAAAACCUAUUGCAAGCGUGAUUAUGUUAGGUUAUUUGGUACAAAAUGUGAUAAAUGCGGUAACUCCUUUAGCAAAAAUGAUUUUGUGAUGCGAGCCAAAACGAAAAUCUUUCACAUCGAGUGUUUUCGUUGUUCAGCGUGUGCCCGACAAUUGCUGCCAGGUGAUGAGUUCGCGUUACGCGACGCGGGCGCAUUGUAUUGCAAGGAGGAUCACGAUGUGCUGGAGAAAUCAUCGCAGAGUAGUCUAACAUCAUCAUCGGUGGAGAGCAACAACAACAUUAGCAGUAGUAACAACAAUAAUACAAAUCUUAGCAAUAAUAACCAUUCCAGCGAAUUGGGUUCAAUGUCAGAUUCUGGCAGUGAAUCGGGCUCACAUAAAAGUAUUAGGGAAAAGCGUCCCUCGGGUCCAUCGGAUGGCAAACCGACGCGAGUGCGCACCGUGCUCAAUGAAAAGCAGCUGCAUACGCUGAGAACCUGCUACAAUGCUAAUCCGCGACCUGAUGCGCUCAUGAAGGAGCAGCUGGUUGAGAUGACAGGACUUUCGCCGCGUGUCAUCCGCGUGUGGUUCCAGAACAAGCGCUGCAAGGACAAAAAGAAGACCAUUCAAAUGAAACUGCAAAUGCAACAGGAGAAGGAGGGUCGCAAGCUCGGCUAUGGCGCCAUGCAGGGCAUCCCCAUGAUUGCCAGCUCGCCGGUGCGACAUGAUUCGCCUCUCAAUCUGCAGGGUUUGGACGUGCAGACAUAUCAACCGCCAUGGAAAGCCUUAAGCGAUUUUGCCCUGCACGCCGAUCUCGAUAGCAAUGGGGCCAUCAAUACGCAUACGCCCGCAUUUCAGCAACUGGUCAAUCAGAUGCAUGGCUAUGAUUUGAAUGGAAUGCCGGUGCUGCCGCCGCAUCCGCCGCAGGGACCACACCCACCACCGCCGGGUCAGCAAAUGAAUGGGCCGCCCGGGGGCAGCAGCAUGGACUCGGGCAUAACGUCGCACCAUCAUCCGGAUAGCACAGACUCGUACGUGACCUACCUGGAGAGCGAUGACAAAUCCAAGCUGGCGCUGACGCCAUCGUCCUCGUCAUCGGCAUCGGCAGCCACAUCGAUCUCAUCGCCGCCAUCAUCAACAGCUGCUGCCGGUGGUGGUCUUGGCGGUGGUCUAGUGGGCGUGGGCAUGGGCGUUGGAGUGGGCGUGGGCGUGGGUGUUGGACUAGGUGUGGGAGGUAAUGGUGGCGGUGUUGGUGGUGGUGGUGGCAAUCAGUCGGCAACGGAGCAACUCAUGCAAAUGCUGCAAAAAGUAACCGGCUCGACAGCCUCAGUGCUCUGAGCGCAAGCGAAACUUUGUCAGCUGACAGCAACAGCAGCAGCGACAGCAACAGCGAUACAGCUGCAGUUACAGUUACAGUUACAGAUAGAGAUACAAAUGCAGAUGCGGAUGCAGAUACAUUUGUAGUUGCAGCUGCUGUAAAACAGCUUGCGGGCUUUUGUGCAAUGUUGGCGCAAUUUUACUCGUCUCGUUACGUUUUUUUUUUUCUUUAUAAUGUUGUUGAUUCGGUGCCAAAAAUAGUCUGUAGGCCAUUGGCUGGCUUUAAACUGGGUUCUCAUCCUCCUCCUUCUCCUUCUGCCCCUCCCUCUCCACCCGCCCUACACACAGCCCCACGGCGCCCUGCUCGGCAGCAGAAACGGAGACAGUUGCAAGUUUCAUUUUUUUGCUGUUUCUUUGUUAUGUAAUAUACACGAUUUUUGUUGAUCAUUUUUCGAAUUAAAUUAAUUACACAAAACCAGAAGUAAAAACAAAAAAAUAUACAAAAUGCUCAUACACUUGAAAAGUUUUAACAAUAAUUUCGCAUUAAAAAAAAAAACAAAACAAAACAACAAAAAAGCUCGUCAAGUAGGGAAUUUCAUUAAACACACAAAAAUUGUACAUAACUUUUAUAUAUAGAAACAAAAACAAAUCAUAUACAUAUAUUUUCAUUAAAAAUGCAAACAAAAAACCUAAAUGAAAGCAACAAAAAAAAGAAACACACAAAAUUCAUAAGCAUACAUAAUAAAUGGAAAUGAAAAAACGAGAAAAUUGACUAU